AUGAAGUUUGGUAUGCUCCUGCGUAACUCCGCUGCAGAGACACCAGAGCUGCAAUCCCUUUUCGUGUGCUACAAGCACCUCAAAAAGCGCUUGAAGAGGCUGCCCGAGCGUCAUGCAGCAGACCAAGAUAACAAUCCCGAGGAUGUCAGCGAUGAGGUGGCCCAGCGGCAGCGCAAUUUCGUGCUCACCUUGAAUGAGGAUGUCCAGCAGUUCAACGAGCUCUUCAUGGAGAAGGAAGAGGACAGCGUGAUACAUUUGCGCACGCUGGAGGAUGCAGCAAAAGAGGCACAUGAUGUUGAAGCCGUCAGUCGGGUGUUCAAGGAGUUUGUGGACUUCCAUGGCCAGAUGCUUCUCCUGGUGCACUGGUCCAUCCUGGCAUACACAGGGCUAGUCAAGAUCUUGAAGAAGCAUCACAAGAGGACAGGACUCCUAGUGCGGGCGCCCCACCUGGACAACCUGCUGUCCCAGCCCUUCUGCUCAGUGGAGGUGGGCCCUGCUUUUCUUUCUCUUGCAACUCCCCAAGUUGACCCUUUCCGGCGUGACGUUUGCGUGGUAGCACGAGAGCAGGGCGUAUGUGCUAAUAACUGGCGUAGACCUUCAAAGAUCCCGCUCCAUCUUCCAUUUGUCAGAGAUGUGCAGAGCUGA